AUGGCGGAUUUAACUGGAGAAGACAAGCCAAACAUUGUGGCAACGGCAAUUUCUAUUGACAAGGGUGAGGAAGUAAAGGAAGGUAUCAAUGGGACAUACAAGGAUAGCACACGAGGUAGUGAUACAAUAGAACAUAGGGGCACUAACGAGGACGAAAUGGGUUCACAAUCAGCGGCUACAAGAGGCAUAAACGCGUCACAAGCAGCGUAUCAAGGCAGCGCAUUCCCGUCACAAGCAGCUGUUGCACCCCCCCAAUUCAUUCCACAAGAGUCGGUUACAGGCCGCGCAUUCCCGUCACAAGUGCCUGUUUCAGGCCGCGCAUUCCCGUCACAAGCAGCUGUUGCACCCCCCCAAUUCAUUCCACAAGAGUCGGUUACAGGCCGCGCAUUCCCGUCACAAGCAGCUGUUGCACCCCCCCAAUUCAUUCCACAAGAGCCUGUUUCAGACCGCGCAUUUCUGUCACAAGCAGCGUAUCAAGGCAGCGCAUUGCCGUCACAAGAAACUGUUGCAGGCCGCGCAUUUCUGUCACAAGCAGCGUAUCAAGGCAGCGCAUUGCCGUCACAAGCAGCAUAUCAAGGCAGCGCAUUAUCGUCACAAGCAGCUGUUAUAAGAGACAUAUUCGCAUCAGAAGAAGCUGGUAGAGGUGGCGGAAAAGAUGAUUCACGGGCAGCGGGUAGCGGCGCCGGCAAAGAUGAUUCAGAAGCAGGAUAUAAAGAUAAAUGUCGUAAAACUUUGCGUAAAUUCCGGAAGCCUAUAAAGAAACGUUUCCGUUUUCGUAGUGAGUAUGACCGCAACUCUAGCAGCACUUCUGAGAGUUGCGGUAGUAGAAAUAUGGAACAGGUUAUCAUUGACACUGCCGACUAUGCCAAAUACAUAACCAAAUGUGUCAAGCAUAGUGCGGAGAAUCUAGACCGGAUGAUUCAUUUUGCACCUCCGCUAAAAAGCACCAUUCAGAACGUGACAAAAACAACAAUACGCGUGAAGACGUGGAACAUAGAUCAAACGACACGUUUAGUGCAGGCAGUGAGGAUGGUACAGAGGAUCUUCCGCCUGAAGAAGACCAUAAUUCUGAGAGUGAAGGAGGCUUGUAAAUAG